GUUGUAGGAUGGGAAAAACAUCCAAAGACAAGCGAGAUAUAUAUUAUCGGUUGGCGAAGGAAGAAGGGUGGCGAGCCCGCAGUGCGUUUAAGUUAAUGCAAAUCGACGAUGAAUUUAAUAUUUUUGAAAAUGUUCAUCGUGUUGUUGAUUUAUGUGCUGCACCUGGUAGCUGGAGUCAAGUUUUAUCAAAAAAAGUGUAUUUCGCGGAGGACGAAGGAAGGCGGAAGGAUAUACGUAUAGUCGCUGUCGAUUUGCAACCGAUGUCACCACUUCCUGGUGUAAUCCAACUUCAAGGUGAUAUAACUGAGACUUCUACGGCCGAAAAAAUUAUCUCUUACUUCGAAGGAUUGAAGGCUGAUUUGGUUGUUUGCGAUGGCGCUCCCGAUGUAACCGGGCUACACGCACUAGACGAAUACAUGCAAAGUCAACUUGUUUUGGCAGCGUUGAAUAUUGCAACGUUUGUGUUAAAAGAAACAGGGACCUUUGUUGCUAAGGUAUUUCGUGCACGUGACAUUACACUGUUAUAUGCUCAACUGAAAAUUUUUUUUAAAGAGGUCUAUUGUGCUAAGCCACGGAGUAGCCGACAAAGUAGUUGUGAAGCAUUUGUUGUUUGUAAAGAAUUCAACUUACCAAAAGGAUAUACACCAACAAUGAAAAAUCCAAUGUUAUGUCCAGACUAUGAUGCGGAAGUGAACAGUUUAUUGGGAUCCAACCGCCUUUUGGUGCCCUUCCUUGCCUGCGGCGAUUUGUCCGGUUGGGAUUCCGACCGGACAUACGAGCUGGAAUUACCGAAUUUUUCGGGUGAAGCAGAGCGGAGAAGAUACGAAUAUAAGCCAGUUGUGCAACCUCCUACGGAACCUGCCUACAAAAAAGCAUGUGCCUUGAAAAAAUCUGGUAAACUUGCUAGACCUGAGAUGGAUGAUCCAUUCUUGAAAUGUGAUGUCCCAACUCGGAAGAAAGCAGUGGACAAAAGGGAAUCGGAUUCUACUGGAGAUUUAGGAAUUGGCGAUGAGUUAGCUGAAGCAUUUGCGGAAUGCUUUGUUUUAAUGAUUAGUGUUGGUUAAUUGGUAAUGGGGAUUCGAAUAAUAUAUUGAUUGUAUUUGGAAUAAGCUGUUCCUUUUUCAUAAGUAGUUUUUCUUCAAAGCUGCCAUUUUUGUUCAUUCGGAACAUUUGAUUGCCUCAGGUCACCUUAAAAAUCUUUUUUUGAUCAGUUCCAAGUGUACUUCCUGACCACUGAAAUACACUUUCUUAAAGCGGUUUGUUUUGCAUUUGAAAUUGCAUCUUGUACAAACUUCUGAACUUCGGAAAUAUUCGCAUUAAAGCUAUUUU